AGUCGAAUUGAUGGUGGGCCGUACUCUUGAAGAACUGAUGAUGUUUCUUCUGGCAAUAAUUUUGAUGCGAAGAAUUUAACUUGCAUAAUUAAAUAUGAAAAUGAUGAAAGUUUUAAAAUAAAGGAAGAAACAAUCUCUGAUCCAGAAAGCAAGGGCGUAAGGGUCCAAAACCCUGAUGAAGAACAUGAUUCAAAAGUUAGCAUCGUAGAUUUAAGAUAAGCUGCUAUUUUGGACAUCUGCAAACUGAGGACUAAAUUGAAGCAAAAAAUUACUUCUCACAUUUCUUCUGGCUGUAAGUCUACUGCCAAGACUUUAAUUGCAAACGACAUCGAUGAAACAAUGGAUACUAAAGAAGAAAUCAUGCAAGAUCAACAAAUACCCCAAAAAAGGUUUAACAAAAAAUAUGAGUCAAAAUGGCUUAUUGAGGUUAAAAAAGAAGAUGACAUUCUGGUUUCUAAUAAACUGGAAAACCAAAAGAGGCAGCAACUUCAAGAAUCAAAUCUGGAAAAGACGUACAAAUGCGAAAACUCAACAAAGCAAGAAGUCAAAGAAAUCAAAAGGAAGACAUCGUUCGUCAUAUUCUCGUACAACCGCUCGCACUUCUUCUGGCAAUAAGUCUGCUGUCAAGACUUUAAUUGAAUACGACGUCGAUGAAACUUUGGAUAUCAAGGAAGAAGUCAUUGAAGAUGAAGAGAUUGCCCUAGAAAGGUUCAAUAGAAAAUAUGAGUCAAAAUUCCCUAUCGUGUGUAAAAGAGAAGAUGAUGUUGUGGAUGCUGCCAAACUGCGGACUCAAAAGAAGCAAAAACUUCCGAAAUCAAACCCGGAAAAAAAGUACGAAUGUGAAAAAUGUGCUCGAAUGUAUAAACACAAACACAGUUUAACUUCUCAUCAGAGAUUUAAUUGUAACGUCAUGCCACAGUUUGGAUGUCAAUUCUGCAACAAACGAUUUAAACAUAAACAUCACCUGAAUAGACAUAUAAUUAUUGCGCAUGAAAAAAAAGACUCCAAGGAGUCGGUAUUGUGGCAUAAAUGCGACAUAUGCCUUAGAAUUUAUCGUUCUUUAGGGGGUUUAAAUACCCAUAAACGUGCAGAACACGCAGCAGUCAAGAGACAAUUUAUUUGCCACUAUUGUUCUAUUAUUAUGAUACAAAAAUGUCAUUUGUCCAAACAUAUUAGUACAGUUCAUCGCAACUUAUUCCAGUGGUAAAUCUUUAAUCCUGAAUGAAAAUAUAUUUUUAAUUAAAACCAUUCUUAUUUUUUGGCUAUAUACCUGAUGUUUCUUUAUGUGAAAAAUUGUUUAUAAUAAUCAACGGUUCUGAGAAUUAUUAUUAGAUGAAUAUGUUAAUAGAACUCAUUUAUUCUGCAUCGAAUUCGAAAUUAAUGCAUAAAUGCGACAAAUGUUCUGGAGACCAUAUUUCGCUAUUGGAGAUUAAAAUAUACAUAAUUUUUAAGAACAUGCUUGAGUUAUACCAUCACAAAAGAAUUGUUAUUAAGUUAAUAUUUAAGUAUUGUUGUCGUAAUUUCACAUGAAGUCAAGUACAUUUGCACGUCUUUUAGAAAUUUAUAUUUUGGACAAUAAUCAGCAUUAAAGAAAUGUUUAUUGUGAUGUGGAGAUUGAUUUAAAAAAAAAU